AUCGCCGCCUCGGUUUUGUGCUGAACGCCAUGGGGUCCAUGGAUGCAGGGAAAGAAAGCAACCAUGAUAAGGGAAGCGUUCUCCAAGCACAAUCCAAUUCGUCAAGAGCAAGAAGUGCAUCGAUCAGUGACCGGAAGCGCGGCAAACUGGACCAGGCAAGCAAUCCAGGCAGGACAACAUCCCCGACCUCCCGAAGCCGGAGACGGGCUAGAAGCCGACGCAGCAGCCGGAACCCGGACCGGAGACGGACUAGGACCCGUAGACGGAGCGGGAGCCGGAGCAGCAGCAAGAGUUCAGCUUGCAAAAGAGAUGAGCUUCUGUCUUCCCGUCUCGCCGCAGUUCAAUCCUUCAACUCUCUAGGACGCAGCGGCAGACUUUGGGGCUUCAAUUUGGCGAAGUAUGAUGGGCAGUUCAAGGCGGCGCUCAAGGAGUUCUUAGAGCGCGUAUCUGACGAGCAUCAUGUCGAACCACAAACAUUCGAUACGGUGAAGGAUGCGGAGGGCAACUUUCAAAGCACUUUGAAACUAACUGACAAGGCUUGUCUCCUCCUUCCCAUCCUUGGGGAGAAAGCGGAAUUCGAAGGAGAGUAAAUCCAAGAAAGAAGCAGACAACUCCGCAGCCCAGGCAUUCUGGACCGAUCCUCGUGUCUUGGAGAUAGCUAGAAAACUCAGACCUUCAAAGAGGGCUGUGAAGUCCAAACAGCACUUUGCUAAGCUGGAUGAACAGCGCAAUGCGAGGUGCAGAGCGCAGCGCUUGGCGUAAAGGGCAACGGUCCGCCGGCAGGAAAAGAUGCUCCUUGAUUAAGGAAGAGCUAGGUGCGUCUAGAAUUU